AUGAUUGAUAAUAAUAUUUUUACUAAUCGUCCACGUCCUAAAGAUGGACAACAAGUAAAGAUUGUUAUCUUCCCUAAUAAUAAUAGAAAUAAACAUAUUGUUGUAAAUGAUUUAGACAGAAACAAAACAUUAGAGGACACGCGCAAAUAUUUAGUGAAAAUCGAAAAUAAAUUUGUAGGUUGGCAAAAUACUAUUUUUCGUAACGCUUAUCGAAAGAUUCCUAAAAGUUGUGAGGAUAAUUAUAAAGUCGAAGAUAUUCUCGUUCCAGAUGAAGAUUUUUAUUGUUUACAAGUGGAAAUAGAUGAAAAAAUCCCUUGCGUUCCGGAGCUUUUUCGUAACCUUAAAAUUGACAGGGGAUAUAAAAAAAAUAAUGAUGGCUCUAUAAUCAAAGCAAAAAAGUUAGCAUUCUCCAUAAACAAUUUGCUCAAAAAUUUUAUUAUUAGGAAUAAGCUUGAAACUAUUGUUAAGGACACGAACCAAAAUUGUAAACAAUUCUGGUUAGAAAGUUUUCAAAAUGAUCGUAUAAAUAAAGGUGAUAAACUGAUUGAAAGUUGUAAUGAGGAAAAGAUAGAAUUAAAUAAGUAUACUAUUAGAUAUUGUCAAAAAGGUACAAUUCAAUUAUCUUUUAAAGAUGUGGAAGCGACAGAAGAAUAUAUUAAGGCUAUUAAAGAUGCAUUAGAUCCAAAAUAUAAUGACGAUAAAAAAAGAGAGAAUUUAAAAGAUGUUGGUGAUGAUUACGGAUUUUUUACGUGGCAAGAAUUUGAACUUGGUGGUAAAUUUUUGGAUAUGGCACAAAAUCAAUCAAAAGAUGAACCAUAUAUAGUUGGAGGAAAUCAUGAUAUGUAUGGUAAUCCAUCUAAUUGGAUAGGUUCCUUAGAAUCUUAUAAAACAUGGGAA